UGAAACCUGAUACCAACGGGCGUUCGGGAGGCUGUUAAAUGGAUGAUACACUUAACGCUCUCUUGACCCUUACUUGAAUUCUUUCUCUGUUCCUUAAUGCUCGUGUGCAUGCAACUCGCAUCUUUUCUGAGGUUUGGGCAAAUUGUACGUUCGGGUGGUUUUGAAUUGUGCAUUAUGGUUUUCUUUGACGAAAGCGUGACAAAAAUGCCCCAGAUCCUUUUCUUAUAUAUCCCUCGUUAUGUCUGCACGCCCGCCAUUUAAAAAAAAAAAACCUGAAUGCAUAUUUCCAUGUGCAAUUACAUCCACAAUACAACCACGUCUCAUGUUAUUAUGCUGAGACUGGCCGUCGUGUGUGUUUGUCCGGUGAAAGACUGGCUUCCUGUUUUUGGUGACUGCAGGGAUAGGCUCCAACAGCGUAAUGAAGGAGAGUACAUCGUGUUGAACGCGAUGGAUUCCUGUGACCAGUUGACGGCAGCGUUCAAAUUGCGCGCUGAACUUUUUAGAACGACCAGGCGAAAGGCAACCUGUAGGCCGAGCCUAAAGGCAGCCGCUUUCGUCAUUGACCCCUUUUUCCUUCCACCCAAUCACAAACCAGUACGGCCUCAAUAUAACGCGCAUCGGGCGGCCGUUUCUUUAAUCAUUUGUUCGGUUCUUUUCAGUGCCUUAGUUGUUCAAAAGACGGUGAAAUGGCAAGGACGAAGCAGACGGCUCGUAAGUCCACUGGUGGCAAAGCUCCCCGAAAACAGCUCGCCACUAAAGCAGCUCGAAAGAGCGCUCCUGCCACCGGUGGAGUAAAAAAACCCCAUCGUUAUAGGCCCGGCACAGUAGCUCUGCGAGAGAUUCGUCGAUAUCAGAAAUCCACUGAAUUGCUUAUUCGUAAGUUGCCUUUCCAGAGGCUGGUGAGGGAGAUAGCUCAGGAUUUCAAGACCGAUCUCCGUUUCCAGAGUUCCGCGGUCAUGGCUCUGCAGGAGGCCAGCGAGGCUUAUUUGGUUGGCUUGUUCGAAGAUACCAACUUGUGCGCCAUCCAUGCUAAGAGAGUGACCAUAAUGCCCAAGGACAUCCAGCUGGCUCGUCGCAUUCGUGGGGAACGCGCCUAAGGACUCGGAUAUGAGAAAGUAGAAUGUAAUGGAAAGAAAAUGGCUCUUUUCAGAGCCGCCACAAGCUCAUUUUCAAGAGGUUGAAGUCCU